AUGUCCCGCCCGCCGACGCCGGGCCUCUUCUCGUCCGUCCUCGGCUACCUCACGCGCGAAGUGACCGAUUUCGUCGUCAGCGCUGCGGGGGGCGAGCCGGGGAAGGCGACACCACAUGUUGAUGCGAGAAAGGAGAGAGAUGGUAGGAGCGAAAGGGAGAGGAGGAAGGAGAGGAAGAGGAGGAGGGUGCAGUCACAGGCCGAAGGCCAGGUCGAGGGCGAGGAUGUGCCAGCGUCGGGCAAGGCACAGCGCAAACGCCGGUCACAUGAAGACGAGCAGUACGACGCGAGCGCCGAAGACGGCCAGAAGAGCAGCAGAAGGAGGAUCAGCCCGCCUUCGCCCGAUUCUUCGCGCGCUGGGCCUUCAAAUGUUGCUCCAGAACCCAGUACAUCGAAAGAUGCCGAACCAGCCCCAGCGCCCCGCCGCCGCAAACGUCGCCCAUCCAUAACAAUGCCCGGCUCGCUCUACCCGCGCACCCCCUCCGUCGAACCCGACUCCCCGUCCCACUCAGCCCGCACACCCUCCCCGCAACCCCAACCCCAACCACAUUCACCCUCAAACCCGUCACGCUACGUCGACUACCAAAUCCCGCUCCCGCCCUCGCGCCCCUCCACGCCGUCGCAAUGGGUGGUGUCGCCGCCGAGGGGCAAGAGGGUGGGCGAGGCUACGCGCAGGUUUAGCGAGGACGGCGAUGCGCGGCUGAUGUUGCCCAAGCAUCCGCAUUCGCCUAAUCAUCGCGCUGAGAAGUCUCAGUCGAGUUCGAAUGCGAAGGGGAAGGGGAGGGAGAGGGAGAGGGAGUUGCCGGCUGUAUUCGACUCUUCCGACUCUUCCAGCUCAGAAUCCGACGACGAAGGCCGUGCAUCGCCCAGUCCGCGCGCGCGCAAGAUCACGCGGAGCCAUAAUCAUGAUCAAGAGAACGAGAAAGACAGCGGAGGUGGAGGUGGGAAGCUGAAGCGCACGAUGUCUGUCGGCGGGAUCGAGCGCGAGCUGGUCGCCGUGCGCCAGGCGCACGCGCAGAAGGAGGCGGUGUGGGAGGACCGUGACGUGGGCGACUCGACGGUCGUGCAGGACGAGCGGCGGGAGUAUUUGGAGCGCAUACAGGGGUUGGAGGCGGAGGUGCAGCGGUUGAGGGCCGAGUUGUUGUGA